UGCAGUGAUGUUAGUCGGAGAUGUUGACAUACGCAUCGGGAAUUCGGCUUCCGUAGUAUCCUUCAUAUCGUUGAAAGAUAAACCCUCAGAAGCAGUCACCCUCGGAAUGUCGUGCCCGUACGAUGGUUUGGAUUAAUUCGCACUAAUAUACCUCAAAACCUGCACUCCACCAACAAGAUGGUACAACAAUUGUGCAAAACAGUUUUAAUAUUAGUGAAUCUCAGCGUUGCGCUCAGCAUUGCAAAAGCAUCCCUCAUUCACAUCAGUGGUCCAAGAAUAGCGGUCCAGUACAGCAAGAUACAGCUGCGCUGUAUGGCUUCCACCGGGCAGAAGCAUUUUCUUUGGUACUUUUCAUCCAACGGAUCUGGAGCAGCACAAUAUCCAAAGGAGCCACUCAGUUCACAUCCUUUCAGCGCGAUCCGAUUCGACACGCACGGAGCAAUGCUAACGAUACGAGCGGUGGAUAGGACACACGUCGGUAGCUAUCGUUGCUGUGCCACUGACACACUUUGCGCUACCAUGAGCCUGUUCGUGGUGUCCGCCACGGACGAUCCUUCGGAGCUGCGACCGACCGACAGCUUGGGUGGUGGUGUUGCUGUGCUGGACGUCCAAAGCGAUGGAACGUUCGAGCUGGCCAUCUUUCACGCACCGCUGCUCGAGGGAGAAAUUAGCCUCGAACGGGAGGCGGGCGCCGUACGGUUCUGUGAUCACUUUCGCCACCGUGCGGAAGAAUGUAACGAGCAGCGCACGAACGGUGUCGUGGCGUACAGUGUGCGCAAUGCAACGAUGGAGGCGAGUGCACAGUUUCAGGUUAAGAUAACGAACAACAAGCGGCUGGAAGUGAUGCAUCUGCACAUUUUAAUAAGUGGUAAACCUAUCGUACGGAUGGACACUUACUGUGUGUUAAGAAAUUUAAGUCACAUCAACUUAAGCUGUCAAGGAUAUGCUUAUCCGACGCCGAACGUUACCUUCACUUACACACCAUGUCUGCCGACGGCAAUGGACCGCUUAAGCGACAUUCAAAGGGAUGCCUGCGAGAAAAGCAUAACCGUACCGCAACACCUAGAACGCCUCUCACCCUUCAACCACACCACCAUCUUUGAGGUGAUCAUCCCUUCCUGGCCGGUACUAAAGCCCGGCAUCGUGUCCUGCCGGGCAUCGAACGGUGAAGGAUCUUCCUCGAUCGAAACGUUACUGUUUGUGCGCAAUUUCCACGAGCCAAUGCAGUUCCGUAUCGAAUCGCCCACCGAUGUGGUGCUGUACGAUGACACCGUGAACAUAACGUGCCAGGCGGACGUUUACAACUUCACCAACCAGCUCACUAUCCAUCACGGUGGAAGUAGCUUUCAUCUCGCCGGGGAACAGCUCGGCUACGCGUGGACGAUAACGUACCUGGCGCACAUCACAAACGACUCACAGAACGAGGUAGUUUGUGAAGGUCACCACAAGAAUGGGACACGGGUCCGCAGCACGCUCAAUCUAUCGAUCCAGUAUCCCUCGAAACCGCACGUUGUGAGUGUGAAUGAUUCGGUGAACGUAACGAUCGCGGACGGCGAUGCGGUACGGCUCGAGUGUGACAUCGACGGUACGCCUUCGCCCGACAUUGUGUGGUUUAAGAACGAUGCGCACCUGCGGCAUGCGCAGGGACAUUUCGUGCGCGUGGCGCUCGAUGAGGACGAAACUCGAGCCACUUACCGAUGUGUCGGUAGAAGCCGUUUGGGUAGGGCCACCAAAACGUGGUACAUUGUGGUUGAAGAAUCAAUGCAUUGGUUGCUGAUCGGUGGUCUGGGAGCGGGUGCUCUGAUUGCUUUGCUAGUGAUCGGUACGGUGGCGUGGAGCGUGGGAGCGUAUCAACAGCUGCUACACCGGCAGAUGGAUCUGGAAACGCAACUAAGGAUGAGUAAAGAGAACGUAGCGGACGAGCUCAUGACUGUACCGUUAAGUCAACGGAACCACAACACGCCCGGUAUGGGCUCAAGCUUGGUGCAUGAAGCCUGAAAGCAUCCCAUACGAUAGGACUUACUAUCAUGCUAUGAAGCAAUAGCAUAGCAUAGUAUACGUUAAACAGCUUUAAAAAAUUAUUAGGCUUACGUUGGUCUUAAGUGUAAGUACAACUAUUAAGCCACAGAAAGCCAAUCAUAAUAAAGACAGUACGAAAUGUGAUUACAAUCCAGCUAAAAGAGACGUUUGUUUAUUCAUUAACCGCAAACCGCUAAAGUUGUGAUUAAGGGUAAAUGAAUACGCCAGAGAAGAAGAUAGACAAAACAUUAAUAAAAUAUAAUCCAAACAGAGCCGAAGUAAACAAAUUAAAAUAAUAAAUAUUCAUAUGUUUCAAACAUUUUAGAAAAGAAAAAGGGUUAAACAAUACAAUAAUAAUUAUAAACAGUAGAGAUUCUUAAGUCCGGAGACGCAUUGUGCAGGGGAAUCGAGCUUACUAUGAGCUUCACCGACUGCUGAGAUCCAGAAGACUUCGAGCCCGCACGAAAUGUGAGAUAUAUCCCACAUUGAUUCGCCCGGUGGUCCUCUACGGACACUAAUCCUGGACCAUCCGAGCGGAGGAUGCAAACGCUCUGGGCGUUUUUGAGCGAUGCAUCCUCCGGACCAUCUUUGGCGGUUUGUUCGAGCAUGGAGCGUGGAGGAGAAGGAUGAGCCACGAGCUUGCUGAGCUGUACGGCGAACCGAGCAUCCUGACGGUGGCGAAGGCUGACAGAAUACGAUGGCUAGGGCAUGUCAUGAGGAUGCCGGAUCCAUGCCCCACCACGAAGGUGUUCGACAGCGAUCCUCUGUUCAGUAUAAGGCGCAGGGGAGCACAACGAACUCCAUGGCUAGACCAGGUGAAGCGAGACCUGACCGAGAUCGGGUGUCUACAUGGAUGGGAGGCUGCAGUCAGGGACCGAGCAUCCUGGAGAAUGAUUGUUGACCGGGCCAUGACACAUCGACGUGCUCUAUCGUGAGCAGGCCAACAAGAGAUAGAGAGAGAUUCUCAAGAAGAUAAUUUGCAUUUUCUUCGCCUAACGACUUACACAGUUAUAGUGGCUUAUACAAGCAUAUUGCACUUUUUUGCAUCACCGUUUGGAUGGAAAUAGAACAAUCUUCAUCAUUUAUUUUUCUUUUCUUUUUUCUUGUCCAUCUUUGGGGGAUGAUUUUGAAUAUAGAUAAAAAUAAUUGUAACAUUAUUACAGAGCUAUAUUGAAACAUUAAUGGGAAUAAAAUCGUGUCAGAUCGUACGCAUGAACAAUCUGUCUCCAUCAUGAAUUCAAAUCCCGAUUUCACCUAGCUCUUUAUACGCAGCUCUAUAUUCCACAACCAAUGCAAUUAAAGAAAAUCCAUUUAUGGUUCACAAUUACUUUCAUUUUAACAAAAUUACAGAUUCACUGAGAUCACUGAUACUAAGCAAGUCCCAAAAGUCUCUAUAGGGCGGCAUGUCCACGUAGAAGUUUGCGCCAAAUAGAAGAAA